AUGAUGAGGCUGUCAGAACCAGUAUUGGACAUGGAUAUGGCAAACUACAGUGAAGUCUUAGAUCCAACUUACACUACUUUGGAGUUUGAAACUAUGCAGAUUCUGUAUAAUGGCAAUGACAGUUCUUCAGCAGAACCACUCAACAUGAACACUGCAGACAAUGGAGUCAGUGGUCUUUGUGCAAUAUGUGGAGAUAGAGCAACUGGCAAACAUUAUGGUGCCUCCAGUUGUGAUGGGUGCAAGGGCUUCUUUAGACGCAGCAUAAGGAAGAGUCAUGUCUAUACCUGCAGAUUCAACCGACAGUGUGUUGUUGACAAGGACAAGAGGAAUCAAUGCAGAUACUGUCGUUUAAAAAAGUGUUUUCGAGCAGGAAUGAAAAAAGAAGCUGUGCAAAAUGAACGGGACAGGAUAAGCACAAGAAGGAGCACAUUUGAUGGCAGCAACAUUCCCUCUAUUAACACAUUGUCGCAAGCUGAGGCUCUUUCUCGGCAGAUCCCCGUCUCGAGCCCUGGUGCUAGUACUGACAUAAAUGUAAAGAAAAUUGCCAGUAUUAGCGAUGUGUGUGAAUCUAUGAAGCAACAGCUCUUAGUCCUUGUAGAGUGGGCUAAAUAUAUUCCAGCCUUCUGUGAACUACCAUUGGACGAUCAGGUUGCCCUGUUAAGAGCGCAUGCUGGGGAACACCUCUUACUUGGAGCAGCAAAACGAUCCAUGAUGUAUAAGGACAUUUUACUUUUAGGUAACAAUUACAUCAUCCAUCGCAACAGUUCUGAAGUUGAGAUCAGCCGAGUGACAAACCGGAUUCUAGAUGAACUAGUCCAGCCAUUCCAGGAAAUUCAUAUAGAUGACAAUGAGUAUGCUUGCUUGAAAGCAAUUGUGUUUUUUGAUCCAGAUGCAAAGGGAUUGAGUGACCCAUUAAAGAUUAAGAACAUGCGGUUCCAAGUCCAAAUCAGUUUAGAGGAUUACAUUAAUGAUCGUCAGUAUGACUCCAGGGGGAGGUUUGGAGAACUUCUGCUUCUAUUGCCUACCCUUCAGAGCAUCACUUGGCAAAUGAUUGAACAAAUACAGUUGGUCAAACUGUUUGGAAUGGUUAAAAUUGACAGUUUGCUUCAGGAAAUGUUACUAGGGGGUACAUCUAAUGAUGCCAGUCAUCUUCAUCAUCCAGUACAUCCUCAUUUAGCUCAGGAUCCAUUAACUGGCCAAACUAUUCUCAUAAGUUCAGUGUCUGCUCCUGUACAUACAGAACAGAUCUCAACUCCAGAAACUCCAUUACCUUCCCCUCCGCAAGGUUCUGGACAAGAAUACAAAAUGUCUACAAACCAGACUACAGUCAUAACACAGCAAUCAAUUUUAAAACAAAAACCAUUGUGA